CUUGGAGAGCACAACAAGUGCCCUUAGAAGGAAAGCCUGUCAGACUAUAAAGUGGAGAGCAUUUUUUACGGCUGCACUGCCAAUCUGGAGGUCUUAAAAGUCACUGAUCAAAUCCACUUUUUUCCUGCUCAGUGACAACUAACAAUGCAGUCCGUUUAGGAUAACAUUUAAGAGGAGGCGUGGGCCUAUGAAUUCACGGGUGAGUGGAAUUAAAUUAUACUUACCUUCAUUGUAAAUGUGUUUUGAAGCAUUAAGAACACCGUAAUAGACUCUGACAUAACUUUCUCCUCUGGUGUGAAACUCUUCCGAGCGUACAUGUUGCUGCUGUCCUGACUAGAUUUCUCUUCAACUCUAUUAGAGAUUGUUCUAGAUCCAUCUAGGCUAUCAAAAGAUGUCCAUAAAGUAAUCCGCAUGCUUGUAUUGCAGGAUAAUCUCCAGUGGUCUUAAUUAUCUUCUGGAAAAGGAGGGAGAGGGGGGGCGUGCAUACCGGUUUGAAGUGCCCGCUGUGAGAGGCGGUGGAGGCGGGGAGAGGAGCAACGAGGUCCGCGCUGGGUGACUUGGGGCAUGGAGAUGUUGCGUCGCUCUUCUGUGUUUGCUGCUGAAGUUUUUGACCGCUCACCCACCGACAAGGAGCUAGUGUCCCAGGCCAAAGCACUGUGCAGGGACUACAUUCACUCCAGGCUGAACCGAGCCGGGAUUGGCUGGUCUAAGCCUGAGCACGGACUGGCUGCAUCAGGUGGGACGCUGGGGGAGAUAUCCUCGGUCCUGCUGUGGCUGGGUAAGUUAUGGGAACAAAUAACGUUAUUAGCUGUACAGGCCAAGGUGUAGUAGAAAUAAGACAGCGAUUCACCAUUUCUGUAAUAUUCCUGCAUACAAUUAUCAUAUAAAGUUAAAGCUGAGGUCUUUUCUGUUAAUUUAAAGUCGCCUAAAGACGGUGACUCCAACUCCAAACAAAAAGGGAGACUGUGUAAAUAUUGGUAAAACAGAUAUGAGGGAAUUUCCUGAAAAUGACUUUAUGUGGAUGUCAGCAAAUGUUGCUCCAAAACCUGGACAUACUUUUCAGCAUUAAUGGUGCCUUUCCAGAUGUGUAAGCCACCCAUGGUAUACGAUCAGGGUUACUUUGAACUCUAUGCUGAUAACAACCUGGGAGGUCUUUCUCCUCCUUAGAGCAGAGCAUGAGCCAUCCACGAUUUCCAAAAAGACUGUCAUUUGAAGUUGUUAGACCACUUAACAGUUUUGGACAUUGUCUCAGUCCAUCCUAAAUGUGGGCUCAGGCUCAUAGAAGUUGCCAGCUGUCUGGAUCAGGUUUAGGUAUGGUUUCCACUCUGCAUGGUUCUGUUUCAACCAGCAUUUAAAGACGCAGUGACAGACUGAGUUCAGGACAACAGUUUUUUAAAAGUGAUUUUGAACCCAUGCUGUGAUUUCCACUACAGAAUCAUGCUUGAUUUUACUGCAGUGCAGCCUCAGGUCUUAAAAAUCACAGCCAUCCAGUGUUUUUGUUUUGCCUUCUCUCUCACUGUUUUUUCUAUGUAGAAUGAAAAUGAAACCCACACAUGUUUUUGGCAAUUUCAUAAUUAAGAACAUUAUUCUUAAACUAUUUGCUCAUCCAGAGUAGUUAAUCUCUUUCCGUCUUUCAGACAGAGACUCAGCCUCUUUUUAAGGCCAUUUUUCUGCCCAAUUAUGAUACCGAUCUGUUACAAAUUAACCUAAUUAGUUUGGAUAUGUUCCUCCAGGGUGUGCAUUUUGCAUUACUCAAUUUGUUCUGUGUUUUCCUGUAUUAGAGACUCAUUGCUGCCUUAAAAUUUACGAUGAGCACAAAUUUCCACAAGAUUUUCAAUUUCAACACUUGAUAAGAGGUAUUUGCACAUCUUUAAUCAAAUGUUAGGUUUAAAUGUUUUGUAAUCUGUUAAAAGAAAUUUAAACAAUGUUUUGUACAGUGUCACUGCUUUUUGGAGUUUCGAGCUGUGAACAUAUUUUUUGGAUACAAAUAAAAAUGGAGAUUAACCAGGGGUGCUUAAACGUUGGCUACAAGAAUCGUCAAAACUAUGAAAGCUACAUUAUUUGUGUAAUUAAGAGUCUUUGCAUUUAUACUUGCCACAUGAAAAGUCUUGAUUUAAUCAAGGUCAAACUUUUAUUUACUGGCAGAUCCUGGUUUAUUUUGCGUCAGUACUUCUCAGUAAUAAUCUUGGACUGACAUCUUCAUCUAUUGUUGGCAUCAGACCUGUGGGAGCGUACUUCAUUUCCACUGAAAUACCUUGAAGGGAUUCCCCAGAAAAUUGGGUAAACAGUCUCACCUAAAUCCUAUUCCGAUACCUGGACACGGGCCCAGUCUCAAAUGAAAACUAACUAGAUACAGAGAGGAAGGUUUCACUCCACCAUUUGUGGUUUUCACCCACCUACAGAUUAGAUAAUCAAGAAAUUCACUUUGAAACCCAGAUGGAACAAACCGGUGUUUAUGAAAAAAAUAGUUGAGCUCAGUUAUGACGUAAAUGUUUGGGAACACUUCAGAAGAAAGCUUUUCUAUGUGUUCAAAACUGUGGUCGAAACAGGGUGUGUAAACUUCUGAGCCAAGAACCCACGGAAGAGAUUAGAUCAGCUACGCAUGGACUUUGUGUUUUUAAAGUCAUCUAAGUUAAAACAACAUCUAAAGAUUAAAAGGGGAUUAUGAAGUAACAUUUUAAUAUUUGAAAAAAUACUUGUAUUCAAUAUUGUGCUGAGUGACAAGAACAUGCAGGACUUUUUGAUCGGGACAGCCCAAUUUGGGAUUAAUGUAGGGGUGGAAUGAAGUAUGUGGGCACAAAUACCAGAAUAAGUAGCACUAACAUAUCUACUCAUUCGAACUCCAACAAUCAUACUUGCUGUCAAAACCAGUAUUGGUUUAUGGCCUAUUCCAGUGCAUAAUUUUUUGACUGAAAAAAAUAACACAACAGAGGGACAACACAUAAAUCUUCUGCUGACAAUAUAUCUCUUUAUCAUGACUGACAACAAGACAUCUUGUUUUUCUUUUUUUCACAGUCACAGUCUGUAAUCACUGUGAGGAGAUAAGUGGCAGACCAAAUGAAAUGUUCCGUUUUUUGUAGACGGUGUGUAAAGAGUUAUUAUUAUUAUUAUUAUUAUUAUUAAUAGUAAUAGUUGUUACUCAUGUUUGUGUCCAGGUGAUGAGUUGGAGUACCUUCGGCCAAAUGUCUAUCGCAACGUAGCACGACAGCUCAACAUCACGGUGGCGUCAGAGAGCAUCGUGUCAGAUGCUUUCCUGGCUGUGGCUGCAGACAUUUUCUCUACAGGUAGGAGACCCCCUUUCAAUGUGGUUUUUCUGUGUGUAAAGACAUCCUCUUAGACCUCUUAGGUUUAUGUCUUAGCAACACACACAUGGACUUAAAAAUAUGGGAACAUGGUCUGUAUGUCUUUACAGGGCAUUUGUUCAUUUGGCUGUUGAUAAGUAGAAACUUUUCAGGCUGAGGUAAAGACAACAAAAACACCAGUUUGGAGAACUUAGGUCAAUGUGAUGUUUUCCAGUUGCCUACCAAAGCAUUUCUUUUUCAGUCAGAAAAUUCCAGUCUAACUUUUAAAAGUGACACCUCUUAAACAAGGUGACUCACUUUGAGUAUUGUAGUCAUCAUCCCCUUUCCGGAAAGGGACUAUAAGGAAAAGACUUAACUCUGUAUUUGGACAAGUUGUUGCUGGAGUGACUGAUUGUUAGAGACAGUUUGGACCCCACCCAUGGAGUUCAGACAUGAUCCUCAGCUGGUUUAUACCUCAGAGAAUGAGACAGCGUGGUCUGCUGCAGAGGUAAUUAACAAAACCAGGCCAUACUGUUCUCUGGUUUGUGCAGUUGUUGCUGACUCACCCACACACACAUGUUAAAAUGAAUGAAUGAAUGUCUGCCUUUAUUUAAACACACUCUCAUGAUAAAACAUACUGCUGCAAGGCUUUUGUCACAGUGUGAAAGUGUACAUUUGACUAGGGACGUAUAACAAAUGUACAAUCUUUGCACAAAAGUGUUAAAUGGUUGACACUUUUGAAGAGCUGUACCAUAUUUACCCUGAAGGAAGUCUUCUGCAAAUAAUGUGCCGUGCACUGACGUCAGCAACUAAUGUUUAUCUGUCGUGUUGCAUCAAUUGAAUUUGGCAAACUAGCUAACCUGACUCCUGAAAAAAUGUCAGCUGUGUAGAAGUAUGAUACCCUCUCUGAUCAGGACUAGCAACUACACUUGUUCCAAAAGGAAGGAUCACUUGCACCAAUUCAACAAAUACAUCAAGCCUUUGAGUAAAACAGGCACGAAGGAUUAAAAAGGGAUGGAAACCUAAAUAUUGGACUUAGAAGUUUGUUGUUUUAAACAUUGAUAAAGUUAUUUUCCCUGAUUUUAUUAAUCAGUUUAUCUCUGACAAUACUUAGAAUUCAUGUUACUAAAUGCCUCUCAAAUGAAACAAGCAGAUGCAGCAGGCUUUAUACACUGGGAGAGAGAGUGAAAAGGGUCAAAGAGGCGGGGUGCGAUCACUUUGUCAGAGCAUGCCACUUUGCUGAGAGGAAGUCAUGUGCAGCAGCAGAUUAGGACCACAGACUUAUUUAAUGCAACAAGCUCAGUUGCAAAUGUCAUGCUGUGUUCUGCAUGCAGAGAUAAACUGAAGCCAAUUUUUUUACACUCUCUUCAUGUUAGGCUGUCUAGCACUUGCUUAAGCCAAGUGCCUUUGUUUAACUUAAAGUUCAAUCAUUUUGAAUGAAAACUUGUGUUGCAUGGAUGUUGUGUCAGUGUCAAACUCACAGGAUAUUUUUGCCAGGCUUUUGGUUUCUCUCAGGGUCAUUUUUAAAAUCUCUGUCAUCACCGUCUUCAGUUUCUCUCCAGAUGCAGGCUGAUGCUGUUUUAUUGAAGGAGUCACUGAUAAAGCUUUUGUAAACUGUCUGACAGUGACAAAUAGCAGACGGACAAAUUUAGCAACAAGCCAGUAACGAAAGUGGAGUUUGACUUGAUGUCAAACAGACAUGCAAAUAUUGGUGUUGUGUUUCCAAAUAAGCCUCUGAUCACUUUCUAACCCCAUGUAAUACAUCCAUUUGAGUCGUGAAUAACUUCACUCUCAAACCACACAAAUGAUUAGCCAAAAAUAAUAAUAAUAAUAAUAAUAAUAAUAAUAAUAAUAAUACAUUUUAUUUGUAUAGCGCUUUUUAAAGGAGCUCAAAGACACUUUACAGAAAGUUAAUUAAAAAAAUGUUAUUAAAAACUUGUUAAAAAAUGAACUUUUUAAUACAUUUCGAAAUUAGCCCUUCUACAAAAAUGCAGCUGACACAUUCCUGACACAACCCAAUUACUGUAACUAAUACCGUCUGAGGUAGACCAAGAGAAAACUAAUUACCACCUGGGGAGCCCCAGAUCUGGAAGCUUGACUUAUUUAGUUUUUCUGGGAAACGAUGGUUUUCAUGGUGUUCAGGGCAAACAUGGAGCAGAUGAAAAAAUGUAUUUGUUUGUCUUUUUGAUUUUAAAUCAUUUUAUGUCUUCUUGAUUCUAAAUGGUUUUGUCUUUUUGAUUUUAAAUUGUUUUGUCUUUUUGAUUUUAAACUGUUUUGAUCUCUCCUUUUUUUUAUUUUUUAUGUAUUCCUUGCAUCUGUAAAGUACUUUGAAUUGCCUUGUGUAUGAAUGGUGCUUUACAAAUAAACUUGAACGGGUUAUCUCCAUUUUCCGGAUCAAAGUACCACGAAGCAUGGCAUGCUGAGAAACUCAGCAUAGAGUAUUGGAACAGCAGGUGGCUGUAUAAUGGCAAAAGUCUGACAUUUCAGGUCUAUAAUCUUAUGAGUAUUAAUACUUUGUUGAAGCUUUGUACCCAUGGAGCACACAUGGAGCAUUUGAUUAUUUAGUCUGCUGAAUGUGCACAUCUGAACAAAAAAAAGGAAAACAAAAAGGCUUUUUAGAAACAUUUCUACGCUUUUAUUAGAUUUAUUGUGAGUUGCAUGGUUGACAUUCAAAACAAAAAUUUAUGAGUUUUCUGGUCAGAAAGUUCAAACAAGUCACCUUCAGGAUAUAAUCAGUAGGAUAUGAGCUUUUGCCUAAGUCAGAGUUCCCUUCAUGAAUUUAUAAAUGGGAGAUCUGAUAAGGAGAUAAGUUGGAAAAACUGUACUAUUGAUUUUCAAUUAUAAAAAUAGACUUGGCUCUAACUGAAGAGUAUAAUACUAGGAUUUAAAGCUGGUGUGAUGUCAACCAGUCCCAAGACGCUUUCCAAAAAGAGCAGAUGAAGACCACACUCAUUGUUUGAUGAAUUACAAAGACCCAAAUUUGAGAUGGGAUAGAUUUGACCCAUGUCAUCUAAUAUGACAGCCACCUGCUGCUGCUGAGUUGAGGAUGGGUAAUAAGGUGGCAUUCAAAUUUCCCCUAAACUGCCCUCAUUUACUAUUAAGCAGCAGGGAAAAAAACAGAAUGCCAGACUCCCACUGUUUUCUUUUACUAUGGCAAGGUUGUGAUGUUUCAGAUGCUUUGAGAUGUAUUUUUGCGAAGCACUCAGGAGUCAAAAGCUGGCACAAAAGAUAAAUGUUUACUUAACAUUUGACCUACCACUAGAAGGACGGCUGUGUCAGAAGUGCUCUCAGACUAAAUAAGACCACAGGAAAAGAAGAAAGAUGGAGUCGGGGCUCUGUUAUUCAUGUGUCAGACAUGUAAACACUCCUGAAGUAGUCUGAGGAGUUGACUGUAAAUGGUGUGCAGCAAAAAACCUGAAGAGAGACGCACAUUGUUGAAAAAUCAUCUGCUUACUGAUCCAGUGAGGCGUACUGCCUGCCUGCUGAUCGGAUUCCUGAGUUUGAUUUUCAUCAUUUCAGAGACUGAGGCAUAAUGCCUGACUGCUGCUCAAGUUUUACAGUCUUUUUAAACAGCUUUGAGUCGAGCAACUGACAGAUGAAAACCCCUGAAAAGAGCAUUUGCUUCAUGUUGUCUAAGAGCCCCAAGAUCAUCAACUUAGACUUUGUUUGCCAACUUGUAGCUGAUGCUCAAAAAAAGGACGUUUUUAUCUCUCAGCAGGACACAAGUGAUUCAGCGUACAAAGUUUGGAGUAAAGACGAAGUUUGUUUUGAAGUUUAUUUGCUCCUAACAGUCCUAUAUCACAUGCAUUUCCUCACAGGUGUGACAUGGGGGAAGGUCGUGUCUUUGUACGCAGUGGCAGGAGCUUUAGCAGUGGACUGUGUUCGACAUGGACACCCAGCAAUGGUUCACACCAUCAUCGACUGCUUGGGGGAGUUUGUCCGCAAGAGCCUGACCUCCUGGUUGAAAAGGAGAGGAGGCUGGGUAAGAGAGAUUUUAUUCACCUGAUCACAUAUUUGUUUGAUAAUCUAUCUUGAAGGCCUUUGGUCUUAUCUUUACUUGAGAGGACUGCUAAAGAAACACAAGACAUUUUGGGAGUAGAGACUAGAAGAUGACCCGCAACUAUUGCAAUCAGGACUCCAAAGCCAAACCAGCACCUCUGGUCACAGAGUGGUUCUCCACAUCUGUUUUUAAAGGCAUGUCAGGCUCAAAAUGCAAUCCCCAAGUGCUCUAAGAAAUACAGCACAUCCUGCUUGAAAUAAAAAGGAUUGUUUUAUGUCUCUCAGUGGGUGGUCACGUGUGAAAGAUUGAGGCCACAAUCUUCUGAUAACUUUCUGGAGAAAUCAAUCACCACACAGCCAAUAAUAACAAGAUAAAGGACCUGUGACUCAGUUUUAGGCUCAGGUCCAGCUCAGUCUAUACCAUCCACAUGUCACAUGUGUCUUUAGGCAAGAUACUGAACCCCAAACAAUAACUACAAAAGUCUAUACAGGCACAUACACCCAUAUAUUAGGAUAGUUGUUCAAGCGUUUGUCUACCAAAGAAAAAAAACUGAAAAAUAAGAAAAAAAAAGGAAAAAAGAGGAAACAAACUUGUUCAUCCAUCAGGAUUUUGCUCCUCUGUCUCAUACUGUGCUGGUAUUUUCCUUCAGUACCGAGGUUUGAGUCAUUUGGCGCCUUGAUUUCUUAGGUAAAUCCCAUCAUUUCACUCUCGCAUAACUUCAAACACACCUUUGUUUUAGCUUGAUUUGGGACUGCUCAUGUUUGUUUAUCUUUUUCAUGAUGAGCAAAAUCUGCAAAUAUAGGGUUUGGGCCAACUCUCUCAGGGUCCAAAGGGACAAUUUAGUUAAAUUUGGAACAACCGGAUUCAGUUUAAAAGUGAGCAGAUUUUUGUAUGACUCUGAAUUCCCCUAGCUCUCAUAAAUAGUUAUCUACUUGAUUGUCUAUGUUUGGGGCACAUGCAGUUUUACUAUAGUUUCAGUGUUUACUCACAGUAGAAGUGAAAGCAUGGAUUUGGUGUUGAUAACUUACCGAAGAGGUAAAUUUGGACGUGAGCUUGUGUGUGAGAAUGAAUGUCAGCUGUGACCAUUAAAGUCCCACUCUCAUCAUUUUUUUUUCACUACUCAAAAUGUUCUCAGUGGUCUAUUCAGCUCUUGAACACUAAUGUCUUUAGGGACAUGAUGAAAGCUUAUAUCAUAAUUAGCUUUCUUACAAGCAUUGCAAUCCACUAACACACAUGCUUAUUCUGCGAUCGUCCUCUCUACCUCUCACAGUUUGGCCUGCAUAGCGGGGCUCUGGGGGCGGAGCUUGGAUUUGCUACGUAAGAAAUCUCACUGUGUCUGAACGUACUGUUUGAGUCUGUCAGAGAUUCACAGUGAUUUGAAUGCAGAAAUACUCAGAAAUGCAGUCUGCUCUUCCUCAUGAAAUGUCCUGUAGCACUAGGAAUACACCAUAUGAACAUGUAGACAACAAGAAAAAACAGUAUUUUAAUCAGAGUGGGUCUUUAAGGGAUCCACGUACCUGAGAAUGAUGACAGUAGAUUUUACAGGAGGGAAACUAUACAGACUAUGCGGCCAUACUAUCUCUGUGCAUAUGCAAAUUAAACACUUAAAAAGAAUGAUUUGAAUGAUCAGUGUUAAACAUUUUGUGGUACAUCCUUCCCCAAACAAAAGUGAUAUUAAAAAAAGAGGAUGAGGACACAUGAUGUCUGCUUCUCAGUUCAUUAUUUGGUCAGGUUCUCUCUCACUGGCUGAUCCAGAAAUCAUUUCUCCUCUCCCAUAAGGAAGGAUCAUCCAGUUUGUGAAAUGCUCCUGGAGUACUUCUUUUUUUACUUUUUAUUUUUGUUAUAAAUCACCACAGGCCUCUAAAACCUCCAAACAAUAAGUCCUCUGUAGGUCAUUGGAGGCAUCAGUUUUAGUUUCAGUCUGUUUCAUAAGCAGCUAAAUUCCCCCCAGAGGAGCUUUAACACAAACCAGAACCACCUCUUCAGACAGAACAGUGUGAACGUGUCGAUCCUCUCUACGAUUUUGUAAAAUGGGGGAAUCCAGACUAAUCAGAGAGUCCUGCACGAACUGAGUCAGAGGAAGGAUCGGUGCCUGGCGGCCCGCCUCUGUCUGCGUUCUGCUCUGCUUGAAAGAGCUUAACAUGAGGACAAAUGAGCGCCCUCAUGCUCACAGACAUGGCACCCAAGCCAGCUCUGUUUAGAGGAGAAGUGGAGUGUGACAAAGUGAGGAGCAGUGAAUUGUAUAACUGACCUCAUGAAGCACAGAUCAGGGACCUGAUUUUCACGGUCACAGCUCACACUGUAACAUCGCUGCAGUGGGAUUUGAGGUCAGUGUGUAGAGGUGUUUUGCAGCAGGAUCUGAAGAGGGAGAUGUGUUUAAUGUCAGGACUGACACCUUACUGCUUUCUGGAGAUUUUCAUUGUCUGUGCAAGUCUUUUCUUUAUACAACUCUGAAUUUUGCUGCAAGUACAUAAGCUUCUACUGUGAGCUUUGGCUUUGGAGGGACAUAUUUGUGGGCAGGUUGCACAUGCUGGGACAGCAGAGUCUCAGAAUAUUUACAAAUCAGGAACACAUGUGGAAACUUUUCUCUCUUUUUUUAAGCAUAUUUGCUCCAGAUUUUACUGUUUCCAUUUGAACCUGAAUACCCUCACUAGUUUAACUCUCUCUGCUUGGCUGUUGCAGGUGGAUGUCACAAAAUGCGUGGUGAACUCUGACCCCAGUUUCCGCUCUCACUGGCUGGUGUCGGCUGUCUGCACCUUUGGACACUAUGUGAAGGCAGUUGUGUUGUACCUGCUCAGAGAGAAGUGAUUGAAACAAAAUCAAACACUGGAUUUUCAAGAGACGGACCAGUAUGUAGCACCAUCACCACCACAAACACCACUUCACCAAGGCAUCCUCUGCUUUGGAUCAUGUUUACACUCAUUUGCACUGAGCCAUAAUUGAUAAACACUCGCCCUGCACAGACUCUUAAGUGUGUUUCCUCUUUCCUCUGUUAGAUAGUGUAUUUAUUGUUCAUAGUUUUAUUGUGUCACAUGUUUCAAGCUCUUAAUUUUGCCUCAAAAAAGAGACCUGCUAAUGUUGCUGGCUGUGUAGCAACAAUUUGGUUGACCCUAUAGGGGCAACUGUUGUAAUUAUUGUAAUUGUAAACUGUUGGCAAACUGUUGUGGUGAGCGUUUUUGCUUAAAGUAUAACUACAACAGUUCAAACAGAAAUCCUGAGGCUUACCGUGAGAGAUAGUCAUUACAUUUCUUACCUGGAUUUAACAUAUAACCCCCACAGGCAUUUGCGUGCUAGAUUUACGCAAAUAACUGCAUGUUUUCCUCUCAGUAAGGGACUGAAGAAUAAUUAUGAGAAGGGUGGAGUUCAGAGAAGAGAGGGGUUUAUGUUGUUCCUCUUUCUUUUGGAGACAGAGGGAGGAGUUUUAAGGCUUUUCUCACUCCUGGGUUAGGUUCAGGUUCAGGUUCAGGUGACUUGAAUCAAUUUGUUCAUUUGUUUUGCAGCUAGGUGAUGAUCUUCAGUUACAAAACAACCUGAAUAAAAACUAUUAAACAUGCAAAAACAUGAGAAAUUGAAAGAACUCCAUAGCCACACUUAACAGAGCUUAAGUGGGUAAAUAAACGUCACCCAGAUACAUAAAUGAAAUAAAACAAUGUAAACGCGUAUAUAAAACCCAAAUCAUAUUUGCUAGUAUCACUACAUCUUGUUCAGCUAAGUUUUAGCCGGACUAACCUGUCCUUCUAAGUCCUUGUUCUGCAAAAUCAAAACGUAAACCUCCAUUCAGACAGAGGGACCUGAAAUUUACUGUGUAAAGGAUGAGAGUCAUGCUGGACGUGCCUGUUGUACAGCCGAGACUUACACGUCAGCUUAUUUGACCAUUUAGCUAUGAGAUACAAAGGACAUUGCAUAUUCUAUCCAAGCAAAAAUACCUUUGAAAAAAGACCAAAGUGCGUCAUGAAGGUGCGACUUAUUUGGAAAAUAAUUCUAUCUUUGUUUUAAGGCUAAGCGGCAUGCAUUGAUUCGUUAUAUUUACUCUGUUAUUUUCUGGAGAUCAGAGCUCCUUCCUCUUGAUUUGCAAGAGCACAAAACAAAUAGAAAUCAACCCAUCUUGCGUCAUUAGUGCGGUAAAAUGUUUGUUAUCUACAUCACUAGGUAAUUACCCCAUAAUUAAGAGGAAACAAGCUUUGUGAUCUUGAGAUGAUGAAGUUAAUUAAUCUGCUAUCACAGACAAACCAGCUUUAACAAGAGAAAUAAGCCAGGACUUGGAGAAAGCAGCUGAGUUAACUUGCUGAAAUGGAAAGAACAGAGUGAAUGUAUGGAUGCAUGUCUGCUUAGGCCCUCUGUGUGGCUCUUUUUUGUGUCAUGGAGUGGCAUUAAGGACAAACAAAAAUGUGCAUUCAAAGUCAAACUAAAAACUCCACAUCUAACCCUCUGAAGUUGCAAUGAUACUGAAUCAACUUAAACAACUAAUCAGUGAAGGAAAAACCUUUUGCUUUUGUCCUUUUUACUUUAAAUAAUGCUUGACAAUGAGGAUGCAGACUAGUAGUCACCACUUUAAGGUGUUGGUUGUGACAUAAGGUGCGUCCGCUCAGUUCUCUGUUGUAAUGGUAUUUUUAGAUUUAAAUGGUAUUUUAAAAUCUAAAAAUACCAUUACAACUUAAUAGCAUGAACAGUAAGUCUUAUCAGCCUACCCUGACCCUACAGUGCAAACACAGUCCUGAACAAGUCUGACUUGAAUCUACAACCACUCCACCCAUGUGUAUGGAUGUGUUAUAACCCAGCAGCACUCUGUAUUUAAUGCAUAUUUCCUUCUCUUUUGUUCCCUGUGAGGCAGUUUGUCGUACUCAUAUAUGUCACAGUAUAUGCUAUUCCCUCUGUGUUAGAGCACUUUGAGAACAUUUCACUCUAUGUGUAGAGUUUAUUUUGUGUGUAAUUUCACUUUGUAUGGCAUGUAGCACAAUAAUUCAUCAGAAAUGAACUGAUGUCUGUAAAUCUACCACUGUAAAUAUUAAGAAGAAUAAAUGGUUCUUACAAAAACAAA